UCCCCGACCCCAGGUCUCGGCCUUCCCCUUUAAGGGCUGACCGAGCGGGCCCCAAAGUUGGGAUGACGCGUGGGGCGGGUCACGUGGGGGCCCCAGGCCAGUGCUUGUCGGCUGCCGUGGCCCGGGAUCCGAGUCCGGCUCCGGUAUAGCCCCUCAGCCCGCGCCGCCGCCAGCACCGCCGCUUCCAGAGCCUCCAGCCCCCGGUCCUGCCAUGGACCCCAAUGGUGAACGGGAAGAGCAGACACCUGAAGGACAAGCCUCAGGCCCUGGUCCUGGGGGAGCCAUGGGAGUAGGAAUCCAAGGGAAUGCCAAGAGUGGGCCUAGGAGUCUGGCCCAUGGCAAGGUUGAGCCCAAGAAGUAUGCAGUGACCGAUGAUUACAAGCUGUCUAAACAAGUGCUGGGCCUGGGUGUGAAUGGAAAGGUCUUGGAGUGCUUCCACAAGGUGACAGGCCAGAAGUGUGCACUGAAGCUCCUGUAUGAGAGUCCCAAGGCUCGUCAGGAAGUGGAACACCAUUGGCAAGCCUCAGGUGGGCCCCAUAUUGUGCGCAUCAUGGACGUGUAUGAGAACAUGCACAACAACAGGCGGUGCUUCCUUAUUGUCAUGGAAUGCAUGGAAGGUGGUGAGCUUUUUAGCAGGAUCCAGGAGCGAGGCGACCAGGCUUUCACCGAAAGAGAGGCCUCGGAGAUCAUGAGAGACAUUGGCACAGCCAUCCAGUACCUGCAUGCCAUGAACAUUGCCCACCGAGAUGUCAAGCCAGAAAAUCUGCUCUAUACAUCCAAAGGAAAAGACUCAGUACUCAAGCUUACGGACUUUGGAUUUGCCAAGGAAACCACUCAAAAUGCCCUACAGACACCCUGCUACACACCUUAUUAUGUGGCCCCCGAGGUGCUGGGUCCUGAGAAGUAUGACAAGUCGUGUGACAUGUGGUCACUUGGGGUUAUCAUGUACAUUCUUCUUUGUGGCUUCCCUCCAUUCUACUCCAACACCGGCCAAGCCAUUUCCCCUGGAAUGAAGAGAAGGAUCCGAAUGGGACAGUAUGGAUUUCCCAAUCCCGAAUGGUCUGAUGUCUCAGAAGAAGCCAAGCAACUGAUCCGACUCUUGUUAAAGACAGAACCUACUGAAAGAAUGACCAUCACCCAGUUCAUGAACCAUCCUUGGAUUAAUUCAAUGGUGGUCCCACAAACUCCUCUUCACACUGCCCGAGUCCUACAGGAAGAUAAAGACCACUGGGAUGAAGUGAAGGAAGAAAUGACCAGUGCCCUGGCCACUAUGCGGGUAGAUUAUGACCAAGUGAAAAUCAAAGACUUGAAAACUUCUAACAACCGGCUCCUUAAUAAACGUCGAAAGAAGCAGGCUGGUGGCUCCAUGUCCUCUUCAGGCUGCAACAACCAGUAAAGAAGAGAGGGGCCAGUGGGCAGUGACUGGCUUCUGGCCGUCCAGCUCCCAGCUUCUUCCUCCCCCAUCAUUUGGGGUAUGACUCAGGCUGGGCCUUGCACAGUGUUGAGGAGCCAAGCCUGGCAAGAGGAGAGCAAGGAAAGAUUCAGGUUUCUGCCAGUACUCAGGACUAUUCGGGUUUUAGGGCAUUUGGCCUUUUAAGUGAAAAGGGGUUGUUUGUUCUAACAAAGUGUGACAUUGAACUUAAGAGUGGUGGCAUUGUAGAGCCAAGAGUUCUGGUAUUUGGGACUCUAUAGCUUUAGCCUUACACCAAGGCAAGAGAGAGAGGUUCAGCCAAAGACUUUAAUUGAUCUUUUCUGUGCAGAUCAGGUGGGGUUAGUUUUGGGGGGGUUGGGGGGAGUGGUUCUCCAGGCUUAGAAAGAAGUUGAAUAUUUCCAUGUUUGUGCCUCUAUUAUUCCCCUCAAUGAGAGAGAAAGAGGUACCUAUAUAAUUUGAAAUACCUUUGCAAAGCAAAGAAGAGCUCUCACUAAUUAAAAGCUGGUUCUCUCUCUCUGUCUCUCUCUGUCUCUGUCUCUCUCUCUCUCUCUCUCUCUCUGUGUCUCUCUGUCUCUUUCUGUCUCUCUCUCUCUGUGUCUCUGUCUCUCUCUGUCUCUCCCUCUCUGUGUCUCUGUGUGUCUCUCUCUGUCUCUCUGUCUCUCUCUCUAUCUCUGUCUCUCUCUCUGUCUCUCUCUAUUUCUGUCUCUCUCUCUGUCUCUCUGUCUCUCUCUCUGUCUCUGUCUCUCUGUCUCUCUCUCUCUCUCUGUGUUUCUCUGUCUCUUUCUGUCUCUCUGUCUCUCCCUCUCUGUGUCUCUGUGUGUUUCUCUCUGUCUCUCUGUCUCUCUCUCUGUGUCUCUCUGUCUCUGUCUCUCUCUCUCUCUCUCUCUGUGUCUCUGUCUCUCUCUGUCUCUCUGUCUCUCCCUCUCUGUGUCUCUGUGUGUCUCUCUCUGUCUCUCUGUCUCUCUAUCUCUGUCUCUCUCUGUCUCUCUCUAUCUCUGUCUCUCUCUCUGUCUCUCUCUCUGUCUCUCUCUCUCUCUCUCUCUCUCUCUCUCUCUCUCUCUCUCUCUCUCUCUCUCUCUCUCUCUCUCUCUCUCUUUCUCUCUCCCUCCCUCUCCCUCACCCUCCCAGACUGUUCCCAUCAUGGUUUCUCCAUUUUGGAGGCUACUGUUCUAAAUUCCAGAGUAUUCAGUUCUUUCCCCUCUUCCCUCACUUCUCUUACCUGCCAUGAUGAUGAGGCAGAUAGAGAAGGGACCUAAGCUGCCCCCAGACCACAAAAUCUAUGUAGUCUUACUUUUUCCUGACACUUUCCAUGUUGACUGAGAGCCAGCACCUGGGCAACCUCCAAGAUCCACGAAUUCUGAAUGGAUGGUCCCUUUUAUAUCCCUCUCUUUUUCCUUUCUUUUUCAGUUCCUUCUACUUCUUUCUCUCUGUUUUCUCUUUCUCUCUUAAAAUUUUUUUAUUGCAGAAUUUUCCUUUGGGCCAUGAUUAUUCUCUUCCAACUGUUCAGUACUUCUGGGUGAGGAGAGAAGGAAGAUGGGAAGGGCUGUGUGGAGAAGGUUGGCUGCUUGCUUUUCCUCUAUUAUGUCUGAGUCCUAGCUAGCACAUUGAUUCUGAAGGACACUUUCAGCAAGAAGAGAGCCUUUGAGAAGAAGCUGCCAUUGAAACCCUGGUGCCUUGCUAAUACCAUUCAGUCUGACUCUCCUUGACCCCAUUUUGGGGUUUUCUUGGCAAAGAUACUGGAGUUAUUUGCCAUCUCCUUCUUCAGCUUAUUUUGUGGAUGAGGAAAUUGAGGCAAACAAGGUUAAGUGACUUGCCUAGGGUCACACAGGUACUAAGUGUCCGAGGCCGUAUUUGAAAUCAUGAAGUUGAGUCUUCCUGAUUCCAAACCACUGCCCAUAUUAACUGCCCAUAACUUAAUCCCAGAUGAUCCCAAAUUAUCAUUCACUUCUCUUGAGUGUUGUGGCUAAACCUGUGUGCUGGGACUUUCUUGGUCUUUGUCUCCCUAUCCAAAGUGGGGUGAGGGGAUUCUUUGGUGGUUUGGAGAUAUGCCUGAGGAGGGUGGAGAAGGAUGCUUUUAAUCCAUUCCAACUUUGCAAAAUGUCACUGUGACUAAAUACCAGCUAAAUUCCUUUGUCUAAACCAAACCUGGAGAAAACUAGUACCUGUUUUCUAUGCAUAUGUAUGGAAAUUUGGUUUUUAUCUUCCCCUUACUCAGGCCCAUGUUUGGGCUGGGAGAUGACAUUAUCUUCUUGUGCACUGGCUCGUGUGAGUGUGUAUGUGAGUGUGAGUGUGUGUGUGUGAGUGUGUGUGUGAGUGUGUGUAUGAGUGUGUGUGUGUGUGUGUAUGUGUGUGUGUGUGUGUGUGUGUGUGUUGGGCCAUCCUCAGUUUUAAUCAGAUGGUGCCUUUUUCUGAAUUUAAGGUUUGGCUUCAGGCCAAAGGGCCUGCUAAUUAAAUGUUCAGAACAGUUUGGAGGGGGCAGCCUGGGCUUCCAGGGGACAUAGGUCUGGUGUGACUGCCCUGGAUGUGCUGUCAGGAAGCUUCAGGUGGACAGAUGUGACCUGGAGUCCUUUUCCUAGCCUGGGCCCGCUCAGGUUGGAAAACACCAACCAACUCCUUGUCAGAAAGCCAUUUGGAGUUUUGCCUACUGAUUUCUAUUAAAUUGUGUUUUAGCAUUUUCCA